GUUGUUUCAUGUGGCUUGGCUGUCUGCGUGUGUGGUGUGUGUGGUGUGCGUUGGACCGGCUUACGGCCGGAUUCCCCCACGUCAUACCAUUCACGCCGGAAUCGCGACGGCACGCGACACUCUAACUUAACGUAUAGCCUUACACCACAACACUUUCUUUUUCGCAAAGACGGAAAACAACCACAAAAUGGCCGAGCAUGAAAUACAAGAAGCGGACCUACCGUCCUACGACGAUUCUGCUAACACUGAAGUCAUCGUCGAGAACCAGAUCCUCGGCCCGGCUACCCUGUAUAUUGCUGGCCGUUUCGUGCACUCAAGUGACCCGGAAGCGCCGCCGCUGUAUGAAUUCUCACACUCAGUUGGGUUCUUGAGAGAUACAGACCGCACCGUGAAGGUUGAGCGGGUUGAUCAGACUGUCAGAGACCACAAUGGCACGCCCAAAGUGCAGACUCGCAAUCGGCAUCUGUUCGACCUGAGACACCCCACUGCCGGCGAGUUUCCCACCUUUGAGUACCACGCCGAGUCAACCUCGCGCCGCGCACUCUGCUCCCUGGGGAUAACGACAUUCCGCCCCAAGAGCGGGCUGCUCGCGAGCAUGGGCAAGGGCAAGGGCAAGGGAUACCGGGUGCACCGGGCCGUACGGGGCGCGGACCGGCGGCACGAGGCGCGGGAAACGAUGUUCACGGCGGCCCCGUCCCGAGACCGGGCGGUGGGCUUCGAAUGGAGCGACGCCGAGGGGCGCUUGCUGGCGCGGGAGGUCGAGACGGACGAGCUCAUGAGCCUGGUGGUGACGGCCGAGAUGGGCGCGGCCUUGCGGGAUGCGCUGGUGGCCGCCUGGGUGCUGAGGGUGUGGUGGGAGCUGGCCAAGGGGAACUACCGGUCGAACCGCUGGGAGGACACGAAACGGAUACUCGGGAAGAGGAAUGGGGAAUUAAGCGGGUUGAGAAGUGGUAAUUUUGGGGUUCCUUGACGGAUGUCUGGCUGUCCUUGGUAUUGUAUUUGUACGAAACCGAAGUAGUCCCUGUCUAUCCUCGAUGGUGCUGGAAUGGCCUGCCAACAUCCACGCUGCUUCAGAUCCUGUAUUCUGGAUUCUGUCCCUCGACUUGACAUGAUAGAAGAGCUUCAUUUGAGCCCCUCUCAU